GGGAGUCCGCUCACGCGUUCCUCAAAUCCGGGGACCCGCCCUACAGCCCCCCCCAAAGACCUCCCCACACACCCGAAAAACCAAACGGUGUACGGAAAUAAACGGGAGAGACAAAGCAAGGACCAGGACCGACGUCAUCGAUGUGCGCGGCGCGGGAUAGUAGAGGCAGAUGACGUCACUCCGCGCCUGACUGGGACGUUCGCUUCUGCGCUGAGAGGAUUGGGAGAUUCCCGCCAAAUCGUGCGCUGUGUGUGACAGGCGGAGGAAUCGGGCCCGGUGCCCCUACUGGAUCGCCCGUUUGUUUGAGAUCUCUACUAAUCUACGGAAAUGGCUUCCCUUAGCCUGAGGGGCUCCAUCCGGAUCCACUGCCUGAAUAUGGGGACAUCGAAGUGGAAGGAAGGCAGCUGUGAAGUUAUGGAAAAAGACAACAAAUACAUCCUCGUCGUGAGUUUCAAUGCUGGAGGUGUACCCGCAAGAUUUCAGCUCCAUCAGAACAUUAAAAAUGUUGUUUUGCGGCCGGCUGGAGUGAAACAAAGCAGGUUAUUGGUUACGUUGAAGGAUACCAGUUCUCUGACCAUUGAUAAGGUUGCAAGCAAAGAUGCAGAGGAGCUGAAACACUUUCUGGAGACCAUUAGUCAUGAAAAGGCUCAAACGGUAAAACCAGUUCAAGGAUCUGGAAGUUUUGGCUGCAUUCUGGGAAACAGAAGCGCCCAGCGAGACAGCAGCAGACCAUUAACUAACCACCAAAGUCAGACUCCUCCCAAAAGAGUGAGCUUUGACACCAAGGAAGAAACGCCAGUAAAAAAACAAAUUACUAAUAACGGACGAGUGCCUGGAAAACCCUCGCUGAAUGUUAUGACACCAAAUCGAGGUGGAAGUGGGCCUGUAACAUCUACUCCACAUCGGACCGGCUUAACCGAAACCAAGAGUGAAAAAAGGAAGAGAAUGCAGUCGCCAAGCUCUGACAUAGAAGAUUAUCCUAAAGAGAAUGAUUCAACUACCACCAAUAAGGCCUUAACUGAUCCAGGACGCAAGUUCCUAAAUAGCAGCCGUGAGAAGCAGCUAAAUCUGAAGCAGGCGGAGGAAAAUCGACCAGGAUUAAUGCCACUGCAGUCUUCAUCAUUUUACAGCAGGUCGUCUUCGAAGGAUUAUUCCCCAGUAAACACCUAUUCAGACAGGUCAUGUGGAUCUACCCAGCCUUCUGCAAAGAGAAGCUUGGUCCUCCCUUCUCAGCCCAGCCCUCUGUCUGUGAAGAAACUGCGACCCAAUCAGGACUACACAGGAUGGAAUAAAUCACGGGUUCUCUCCAAUCACCCCCAACCUCAACAGCUACAAGGUUUUUCCAACCUGGGGAACACUUGCUACAUGAAUGCAAUCCUGCAGUCCCUGUUUUCUCUACAGCCAUUUGCUACUGAUCUGCUCAAGCAAGGUAUUCCAUACAAAAGGAUCCCGAUGAAUGCUUUACUCAGACGCUUUGCCUUUCUGCUGGCCAAAAAGGAUGUCUGCAGUGCUGAAAUGAAGAAAGAUUUAUUGAAAAAAGUUAAGAGUGCCAUCUCUGCCACAGCCGAGCGAUUUUCGGGCUACAUGCAGAAUGAUGCCCAUGAAUUUUUGGGCCAGUGCCUUGAUCAGCUGAAGGAAGACAUGGGAAAGCUGAACAAAACCUGGAAGUCAGAACUGUCCUCCGAUGACGCUUCUGGAGUCAAAGCCAUAGAUGACAUCGCUGCAACCCGUGUCUACACCUGUCCGGUCAUUAACAAUUUUGAAUUUGAGGCUCAGCAUUCCAUCAUCUGUAAAAUGUGUGGUGAAACGGUGAUAAAACGGGAGCAGUUCAAUGAUCUCUCCAUUGAUCUACCACGACGAAAAAAGCUAUUACCUUCAAGUUCCAUACAGGAUUCCCUAGAUCUCUUUUUUAGGAUGGAAGAUCUUGAAUAUUCUUGUGAAAAGUGCAAUGGAAAGUCUGCAACUGUAUUACACAAAUUCAGCAGGUUGCCCAGGGUGCUCAUUCUUCAUCUGAAGCGUUACAGUUUCAAUGUGACCCUGGCACUAAAUAAUAAAGUUGGCCAGCAAGUAAUCAUACCUCGAUAUCUCACCCUGUCCUCACAUUGUACAGACUGCACGCGGCCGCCGCUGUCUCUGAUCUGCAAUGCACAGCCUGUAAUGAGUUUCCGUCCAUUAAAAGCCUCACAGAUGGUAAAUUCCUGCACUGCUAAUAAUAAUUCACGAAAACAACCCUUUAAAUCUGCAAGCUACACGCCUCUUUGUCUGGACUCUGAAAGCGAGGACGAGCAUUUAAAGAGAUGUGCGGCCAACGCCCAAAGACUGAGCACCAGUUUGCAGGGAAAAGAGGGCCAAACUGAAGACCAGAAACCAAAAGUAGAAGGCGCCAAAUGCUCGGAGCUCACUGACGCGAGCUUCGAAGACAUGAAUGAUGACGAUUUGAUAGCCGCCGUUCUGGAAAUUAGUAAAAAAGACAGGCCUGUGGAUCAGGAGGACGACAAACUUGCUAGCAGCCCAGACACUGGAUUCGGUGGUGAUGACGACCUGCAGGAAACUGCGGCCACUAUGGAGGUGCUGGAAGAGCAGAAAUCGAAUGUGAUAAAAGAUUCAGGUGUGACCCAGUACACUGAGAUGGUCAAAGACUUUGAUGAGAAUAAAGAGAACAAGACUCCAGAGGCCACUCAGAACGAGGUGGAGUGGAUGCAGUAUGAGCUGGAGAGAGAGCGAGAGGAGCAGGAACUCCAGCAGGCCUUGGCACAGUCUCUUCAAGAGCAGGAGGCUCGAGAGCUAAAGGAGGAUGAUGAUUUAAAGCGAGCUACAGAGCUGAGUUUACAAGAGUUUAAUAUCUCAAUGAUAGAUGGGAUGGUAUCGGAUGAGGAUUCUGGGAAUGAGGACAUUUUCGAGAUGGAGUACACAGAAGAAGAAACCGAGGAACUUAAGAGAAACGCAGAGACAGGAGAGCUUCCCCAUUCAUAUCGUCUGGUCAGUGUCGUUAGCCACAUUGGUAGUUCCUCCUCUUCUGGUCACUAUAUCAGCGACGUGUGCGAUGUAAAAAAACAGACCUGGUUUACAUAUAAUGAUUUGGCUGUAUCAAAGACACAGGAGAACUCUGUUCAGAGUGAUCGAGACAAAAGCGGCUACAUAUUCUUUUAUAUGCACAAAGACAUUUUUGAUGAACUUAUGGAAGAGGAGAAAAAGUCGCAGGUUACAACUGCUGAAGCAAACAGGUCAUCCAGAGCUCUGUGACUCCCCUGAAUUUACAGGACUGUACACUUGCACUGGACUGCGACCUCAAAGGCGCACUCGGCCCAGAGACUUUGAAAAAAAAAAAAAAA